CAUCCUCUACGCGCUUGACUUCCGGCACCGGAAAAGCGACUCGCGUUAACAUGAACAAACACCUCCGCAGCUGUCAACAGCUCGAGACGGACUCAAACAUCGCAAAGAACUUGAAUGAUAUGGUUUAAAGAAUCGCGUGCGUUAGUGUGGCGCGUGUCCAGUAUCUGCAGCGUGUGAUGCAGCGCGGCUCGCGGAUGAUGAUCUGCUCCGGAGACAGUGAUGCGGGAAUCAGUCGUGUGCGGAUAAUGUCUUACAGUGCGUCAACAUAUAGCUACAAACACUGAGUUUAUAGAGACAGAGCGAAACAUGGACACCUUCCUGGACUUUGAGGAGUGCAUCAGAGACUCUCCUGUGUUCAGGCAGUCUCUGGAUAAAUGUGAGAGUGAUGUUGCAGAACUGGAGAGCCGCGUGGAGAAAGUGAUGAAGCUGUGCGCUCAGAUGGUGGAGGCGGGUCAGAACUACACCUCCUGCAAUCAGCUCUUCCUGUCCGGCCUGGCUGAGUUUACAGCGUAUCAUAAGAGCGACGGUGUUAUUGUGAAUUGCUUGCGUCAGUUCAACCAGGGCCUGCAGGAAAUGAUCCAGUUUCAGACGAUGCUGUUUGAUCAGACUCAGAGAGCCAUUACCCAGCAGCUCACAAACCUGCUUUCACAGUUUCUGCCGCAGAUUCGAGACACUCGCCGUGAGUUCGUCCGCAUCGGAGAAGACCUCGAAGCCGCCGUGGUGAAAAACGCUCAGGUCAGUCGACACAAACCCGCUGACGCUGAGCGAGCGACUCACCUGCUGCUCGCCACACGCAAAUGUUACCAACACUUCGCCCUGGACUACUGCCUGCAGCUGAAUAACUUCAAGGUCCAACAGAAGUUGGAUAUUCUGAAUUCGGUCUUCUCGUAUUUUCACGCUCAGAACACGUUUUUUCAUCAGGGAUUUGAUUUGCUGAGAGAUCUAGAGCCGACGAUGAAGACGAUGGCCUCACAGCUCUCUCAGCUUUCGUCGGACUGCUCUGCCAAGAGGAAAGACCUGGAGAACACACACCUGCUCGUCCAGCAGAGAGACGCGUCUGGAGAAGCGGUGAUUGUCUGUAACCCGUCUGACGGAGGAACGAUUCAGGGCUACCUGUUCAAACGCUCGCGCAAGAAGAACAAGACGUGGAAGAGGUGCUGGUUCUACACUGAAAAUAAUCAGUUAAUCUACUCUAAAUCACACAAGGAGCCGCCAGUGGUUCUGUUCGAUGAUCUGCGUCUGUGUGCUGUGAAAUCUCUGGAUGUGAUCGACCGGCGUUUCUGUUUUGAGCUGCUGUCAGUGCAGAAGUGUUGUGUGUUACAGGCGGAUUCGGAGGAGCUGAAGGUGGCGUGGAUUAACGCUGUUCAGGGCUGUAUAAACAUUGCAUACCGUGAUCAAGUAACAGAACAAAACACUCAGGUGAAGGAGAACUCCGCCCCCGCAGCCAUUCCGGACCCGCCCCCUCACCCCCCCGCUCUGGGCGUGGCUCUCCGCGGCAACGGUAACCAGCGCUGCUGUGACUGCGGGGAGGCGGAGCCUCGCUGGGCCAGCGUUAACCUGGGCAUCACCAUGUGCAUCGAGUGCUCGGGGAUCCACAGGAGUCUCGGCGUUCAUCUGUCCAAGGUUCGAUCGCUCACUCUUGAUUCCUGGGAGCCGGAACAGUUAAAGCUGCUGUGUGUUCUGGGUAAUGAAGUCAUUAAUGGCAUUUAUGAGCGUAAGCCCGCAGACGGACUGCAGAAGCCCAGCGCAGACAGUCCACGGCAGGAUAAAGAACAGUGGAUCCGGUUUAAGUAUGUGGAGAAGAGAUUUGUGACACGUGAUCCUGAUGGUCCUGAUGCUGAAACAGUAAAGCUACGGGCCGGUGGGAGGCUGUAUCAGGCGUCGCUAAGCGGUGAUCUUGUUGCCAUGGCGACGGCGCUGGCCGAGGGGGCGGAAGUGAACUGGAGUAACCCUGAGCAGGAGGGACGGACGGCUCUGAUUGGUUCAGCCAUCGGGGGCUCGCUGUCGGCGUGUGAGUUUUUGUUGCAGAAUGGCGCGAAUGUGAAUCACAGGGAUCAGCACGGACAGGGAGCGCUGCACGCUGCUGCCACCUGCGGACACACGGGGCAGGUGUGUCUGCUGCUCAAGAGAGGAGCCAAUCAGUAUGCAGCUGAUGAAAAGGGAAACGAUCCACUCAGUAUCGCCAUAGAAACCGCGCACGCUGACAUUGUCACUUUGUUGAGAAUGGCUCGAAUGAAUGAGGAAAUGAGGGAUUCAGAGGGAUUCUUCGGAUCUGUUGGAGACGAUGAAACAUUUCAGGAUAUUUUCCGUGACUUCAGUAACAUGGCGUCACACGACCCCGAGAAACUCUCUCGCCGUCAGUUCCUCCGCGGCUCUGAGGAUGAAGAGGAGAAAAACUAGAGAGGGACCGGGAGGUCAGAGGUCAAGUGAGGUCAAGUGAGGUCAAGUGAGGUCACUAUGGGACAAGGGAAAAUACAAAAGAGGGAAAUCUUAAUGUUGCAACUAGUUAAAAACUAAACGUCUGUUUUGAAUUUCUGAAAGAGAAGCUGGAUGUAACGCUGAGUGUGUGACGGUUAACGCGUGUGUGUGUGUGUGUGUGUGUGUGUGUGUGUGCGACCGGGUCCAGCUCAUUUCAUCCACACUGACUGUUCCCCUCCUGAUUUUAGGCUGUGCUGUUGGUUUUACUAAAGGCUUUUGACCCGUUUUUAUAUCGUGCUGCAGUCAAACACGCUUCUACACUGAACUUUGAAGGAAAUGCACACUUACGGUGAAUAUUUAGGAUAUCGAAGUCAACAUGAAAUCAGAACUGACCCUGUUUACUUUCUUAACGCAUGUGUGUGAAUGAUUCAUCAGUGCAUGCUGUUCUUUAUGCAUUAUCAGAAUGAAUAACCAUCUUUUAUUGUGGCUCACUAGUCCUUAUUUUUCAACUUUCUGUAAUAUAGAGACACUUGAUUAUCCACAGCUUCCUUAUGGAUUAAAUCAACCCAUCUGAUGGGUUUAAGAUCCUGGUUUAUUGAGGAUGUGUCUGAUUAAGAAAGUAAAAUGGAUUGGGGAUGCAGUUUCGUGUUGACUUUAAAUGCACACUUGAAUAAAAAUAAAUACAUAAACACAGUUAUAGCAAUUAAUAUCAUGUGAUACACAUUAUAUUACUAUCAUUGUUGAUGUCUUAAAAGUUUGUGUCUUAUUCUAACUAAUGGAUUAAAAGCUAUUUAACUAUGAAA